UGAUACCUAAAAGGAAUGAGAAUAUAUCUGAAACAGACGUGAUGAAAUACGAAUAUAACUUUACAACUGUACGUAACAGCGAAAUAACCGAAAUCUACCUUUCAUACCAUAGUUAUGAUAGCUAAAGUGACAAAAUUAUAUCUAUAGAUAAGAUUAUACUCGAUAGCAAAAUUUUUGUUUCAUCCGUAUCUUUAAUAGGACAUGAUUAAAAUCACACAUCUAUGGACUAUGUCAUACGAUCCGAUAGGUUUUAUGUUAUAUUUAAGUAUUGUUACAGUUGCAAACGUUCAAUAUUUCUUAACCGUUUGAUAAAAGGAAAUAUAUCAAUGUGUUAUUGGCAUGCCAGUAAAAGAGCCUUUUCCAGAAGUACAUGAAUUUGAGACGGUCUCGGGACGAUAUUGGCAAGUACAAAAGCCAGACAUGCAUGUAAAAGUGAUGCGAGUCACCACCCUUGUUGUGGGUUGCCUUGGAAUGGCAAUGGCAGGAUCUAUAUACGCUUUUGGCGCUUACGCAAACGCGGUAAAAGCUACAUUCAAUUACAGUCAGACUGAAAUUGAGAUGUUUGCAUCCAUGGGAAACUUUGGAAUAGCCAUGGGAUUUCCUGCUGGAUUUCUUUCUGAAAAGUUCGGGGCACGUAUAACAUCGCUAGUAGCUACUAUUGUGUCGGUACUUGGUUUCCUACUUCUGUGGUCUACAACACUGAGUAAAGACUUUUAUCACGAACACGCUUGGCUGCAAUACAUCUACUUCUUCGUUGCAGGUUUCGGUGCAAUUUUUCUGUACAUGGCCUCUUUAACUACCAACAUGAACAAUUUCCAUCCGAAACAUCGUGGGAAGGUCGUCGGACUAUUGGACGGUUCGUUUAGCGCCGGGCCAGCAUUGAUCUCUCUUAUCUAUGGAGUUUUGUUCACAAAUGGCCACGUGACGGACGAACAAAACCAAAAUCUGAAAGGUUUCUAUCUGAUGUCUGCCAUAGCUUUUGGCACAAUAGGUAUUUUAGGUGUUAUCCUUUUGAAGGACAAUCCUUUUGAAAUUGAGGAGAUCAGUUUUCAACGUAUGCCUGAGACAACGAAUGACAAGGAAGAAAACCAAAAGCACGAUGACCUACAACGUGAAGGUGAUGUCACUGGAUUUCAGUUGUUGAAAAAAUACAACUUCCAUUUUCUGUUUUGGUCAUACAUAUUUUGCGCUGGAUUGCAGCUUACAUAUCAGACAAACAUAACUGCUUAUCUAAAAUCCUACGAUUUGGAGCAGUAUAGUACUUUAUUCACAACACUUAAUCCCGUAUUCGGCAUUAUAUCAAAAUUCAUUGCCGGGUUUUUGUCUGACGCUAUAGUACAUAAAGUACCCAGAAUAGCAGUGCUUUUCGUUUUCAACAUUUUUCAGACUAUUGUUAUGGUAAUUUGCAUAUUCUAUUCAAAUCAUCUGUCUGUCCUAGUUUUAUCUCUGAUCGGGAUUGGCAUGCCUAAUGGGGCACUUUGGUGCCUUACUCCAACAAUGUUAAGCGAGUUUUACGGAAUGAAGUAUUUUGGACGCAACUGGGGAACUAUUAUGUUCGGAAAUGCAUUUGGUGGGUUGCUUUUCCAGCGUGUAUACGGCUGGAUAUAUGACAGCAGUAUACCGUAUACUGGUCAAACUGUGUGUUACGGUCUUCAUUGCUUCACGUGGAGCUUUGCUAUGAUGGCUGUACUUAGUCUAUGCUCUUGCAUAUUUAAUGCUGGUGUAUUAGAAUCUGAGAUCUAUCUGUAUAAAUCUUUGAAAAGAUCUAAGAAAUCAAAUGUGAAUUAGUGAUACAGAUUGGUUUUAAACGGGUAUGAAAUAAUGGAAAUGAAAUAAUCUGUGGAUAGUCUAAUGAGAGUAUAUUACUUUCAAAUCAACAACGUCAUGUGAAAUUCUUAAGGUUGCAGAAUGUAGAAUGUGAUAUAAUACAACCGAUCUCAUUCAAGCUGUCGUAUUUCCGUAUUUCUCAUUGAAUGUUUCUCAUUGCAGAGUUGGUGCAGCCGUUCUGCGCUUGCGCGGAAUUAUUAUCAAAUGGAACGCACGGCAAAAAUACUCAUUUUUUUGCAUGUCCGCACGCAUUUAGUGUAUAAUGUGCAUAAUAUACUGACUAAAGGUUAGGGUUAGAAUCACCAUGGUUACAAAAUAUAUACAUUUAAGGUAUAUUUGUUCAAAUUUAGUUAAUCCGGUAUAUACCGGAGUCUGUAAUAUAUCACGGGCGCACCAACUCUGUAUUUAGUCACAGCCUUUCUCAUUAUGUUGAAUGACAUUAACAAUCAUGCACAUUUUAUUGUUUGACGGAAUAAAGCUUUCUUUACAAACUACUCGUGAUAAUAUUUACUGUGCAAUGAAUUCGUAUCAAACAAUUUAUAACAUAUUUUAUAUCUUUUGCUCCACAUGAAUUGAAUGCAUUACUAGAUAUUAUUAGCAUAAAGCUGCCUGUACAAUAUCUGUGAUAUAUUGAAGCUUGUUGCUGUCUUCUCUUGUCUAAUAAUUGAGUGCUUGCGUGACUGUAUGUGGAGGGAGGAGGUGAUUGCCUUGAGCUUCAAGGCUACAGUUUGAUCCGAUCGUCUAAUUAGUACCACGAUCGUUUGUGAAUUUCUGUUUUAUAAUUCAGUAUCUAUAUAUAGGUUACACAUUAAUUUAAAGGUCUACAAGUAUGGUAGUAGAAACUAUCUUAAUUUUAGAUAUCUUGAAUAUUGUCAGUUUUGUUGGGAAAAUUUAUUUUCCCCCUGGCACAAAUUGUGCCAGAUUAUAACUUCGAAAAGCCUAUUUGAAAUUUUACAACAGUUUAAGUUUGAAGUAUUGCUUUAUGCUAAGUGAGAUAUCCUGAUAGAUUUGUAACAACUCUAUCGUUUAACAAAUAAAACCAUAAUAUAAUUUUAAAACAUUUUGAUACUCAAAAUAAAUGACUGAAUUUUUUAAUAGAAGAUAACAUUAUAUAGACUCAAAACAAAUAAAGAUUUUCCUAAAAUGA